UGCACGUGCGGGGCGGGAGCCCGGAACCUUUGUGCCGCGGGCCCCGUUUCCGGCCGGAGUGGACGGUCCCUUCCGGGCCCGGCGCGAUGGCGGUGCUGUGGCUGGGCCCAGCGCUGCUGGCGCUGCUGUGGCUGGGCUCGUGCUGGCUGCGGCGCCGCCGUCGCGCCCCCCGGACCCUAUUGGCGGCCGGACCGGCGGGGCCCGAUGACGUCCGCGCCCUGCUGCUGACGGCGCACCCUGAUGACGAAGCCAUGUUCUUCGCUCCCACCCUCCUCAGCUUGGGCCGCCUGCGGGCCCGGCUCUGGCUGCUCUGCGGCUCCUCAGGAAAUUACUACAAUCAAGGAGAGAUUCGUAAGAGAGAACUUGAAGAGAGUUGUGCUGUUUUGGGGAUCCCUCCUUCCAACGUAGCAGUUAUUGACCACAGGGAUCUUCCGGACGAUCCAGCUGUCGAGUGGGACACGCAGCUCCUCUCCACCUUUGUGCUGAAGCACAUAGAGACCAACAACAUCAACCUGGUGGUAACCUUUGAUGCUGGAGGAGUGAGUGGCCACGCUAACCACAUCUCCCUUUACGUGGCUCUAAGGAACCUGCACUCGGAGGGGAAGCUCCCUGAAGGAUGCCGAGUCCUCAUCCUAGAGUCGGUGAAUCUCCUGCGGAAGUAUAUCUCCGCACUGGAUGUGCCCAUUAGCUGCCUGCUGUCCCAGGAUGUUCUCUUCAUACUAACCAAGGAGGAGUCUGAACAAGCCAAGCGGGCCAUGCGGUGUCAUCGCAGCCAGCUCCUCUGGUUUCGCCACAUCUACAUGGUAUUCUCUCGCUAUAUGGUGAUCAAUUCCCUCCGCCUUCUAUGACGCAGUGCAGAGUCGCACACACCUCCCAGUGCGCUGAGAUCCCAGAGAGGGGACCAAAGGAGAGAGGAAGUCUGCCAGGUCAAGCACUACUGAAAGCACCUGCUUCUGCCUGCCAUGGGAAGCAGACAGUGCCCAGAACCCCUUGACUGCAGACGCAUGCUGUAUGUACUUCCUUCUGCUUCUUUACUUGGGCUCUAACAACUCUUGAAUGUUCUCAUUGUAAUAACCCAAUAGGAUCAGAAACAUGGGACAGUCUGAGGCUAAUUACAAGUGAGAGUUCAGACAUCACUCAGGUUACAGCACUGCUUUUCUUCAGGGAUCUAGAGCUCAGGGUCACCUGGCAAUCCCUGCCUUGCGCCCUGUUCCCCAGGGCAGGCACCAGGAAUGACAUGUCCAAGGGCACAUAGUCUCCCUUGGGAUUUGAUCCUGCAGCCCUCAGGCUGGAAUAUUGGACCACAAAGGACUACUGGGUCAUGGAGGACCCCUAUUCAGGCAGCCUGCCACUUCCUGAACUUUAAGUCCCAAAUCUGUAAAAUAAAACAUCAGCAAUUACA